AUGCACAAGGAUGCCAUUAUUCCUGCUUAUGCGACAGAAGGUGCGGCGGCAUUUGACUUGCAUUGUAUCAAUGAUGGCCUUGUUUUAUCCAAGGGUAGCGACUUGUUUAAAACAGGAUUAGCAUUUGAAAUUCCUGAAGGUUAUGUCAUGUUGGUGACGGGAAGAUCUGGAUAUGGUUUUAAGCAUGGUGUCCGUUUAGCUAACUGUGUGGGUGUCAUUGAUAGUGAUUAUCGUGGCGAAGUACUGAUAAAGCUUGUCAGUGAUGGCGAUACUGAUUUAUUUAUCGAACCCAGAGAACGAAUUGCACAAGCCAUGAUUGUUCCAAUUCAACAGGUUGCUUUUGACAAUGUUGAUGAAUUAUCUUCAACUGAACGUGGUGAUGGUGGCCUUGGUUCAACGGGAUUGAAAUAA